UGAAACAAACAAAUUGGCAUCAAAUAAUUAAUUAGAAAUCUAGAAACAUUAAAAAUAAUAAUUAAAACAUUUAAACCCUGAUAAUCAAGGUAUUCAUAAACAACGAGUUCGUGAAUAGCGUGAGUGGAAAGACCUUUGAGACCGUAAACCCCGCGACCGGAGAUGUGAUCGCGAGAGUACAGGAGGGCGACAGACAUGACAUCGAUCUGGCCGUCAAAGCGGCCAGACUUGCAUUCAAACGGGGUUCGGUGUGGCGCACAAUGGACGCCUCGGAAAGGGGCCGACUAUUGUUUAAGUUGGCCGACUUGAUUGAGAGAGACACUGAACAUUUGGCCUCAUUGGAGACACUGGACAACGGCAAACCAUACCUAAACUCGGUGGGUGACAUCCAGGGUACCCUGGGUCAGUUGCGGUAUUACGCCGGUUAUGCCGACAAAGUGCACGGCAAAGUAGUUCCCGCAGACGGGCCUAACUUCGCCUACACCCGAGUCGAGCCGAUGGGAGUUUGCGGACAAAUUAUUGCAUGGAAUUUCCCGCUAUUCCUGCUAGCUGGCAAAUUAGGGCCAGCGUUGGCUACCGGUAACACUCUGGUUGUUAAGCCCGCAGAACAGACACCACUGACCGCUCUCUAUAUCGCGGCACUCGUCAAAGAGGCCGGUUUCCCGCCCGGAGUGGUCAAUGUUGUGCCCGGUUAUGGACACACCGCCGGUGCGGCACUCACUGAGCACAUGGAUGUGGACAAAAUAGCGUUCACGGGCUCUACAGAGGUGGGCAAACUCAUUCAAAUCGCCGCCGGGAAGUCCAAUAUGAAACGCGUGACUUUGGAAACGGGCGGCAAAUCACCGCUCAUUAUCUUCGACGACGCGGACAUCGAUGAGGCCGUCGCCGUUGCCCAUGAGACUGUGUUUUUAAAUCAGGGCCAGACAUGUUGUGCGUCCACUCGUCUCUACGUUCAGGACACCAUUUAUGACAAGUUUGUCCAAAAAGCGGUAGAAUUGGCCAAAAAGCGAGUGGUGGGCGACCCGUACGAGUCGGCCACACAACACGGCCCGCAGAUCGACGAAACACAGUUUGACAAAGUGUUGCAACUCAUUGAGUCGGGCCGUAAAGAGGGCGCAAAACUGCUGGUCGGCGGCAAACGCUGGGGUACUAAGGGUUACUUCAUUGAGCCCACAGUUUUCGGUGAUGUGUCGGAAGACAUGCGGAUCGGAAAGGAGGAGAUCUUCGGACCCGUGCAGUCCAUCUUCAAGUUUAAGACAUUGGAGGAAGUGAUCGAUCGGUGCAAUAAUACCAGUUAUGGUUUGGCUGCCGGUGCCUUCACUAAAGACAUUGAUCGGGCACUUUUGCUGACUGAAGCACUGGAGGCCGGAUCCGUUUGGAUCAACACUUUUCUGGCGGUUAAGCCGCAGACACCGUUUGGUGGUUACAAACAGUCGGGUUUUGGCCGCGAGUUUGGCGAAGAGGGUCUUCACGAAUACGUUGAAGUGAAAACGGUUGUCAUCAAAAAUGCUACAAAGAAUUCAUAAUUUGAAUCAUUUGUUGUUUUGUUAUUUUAGUUAAAAUGAUUAAAAAUGUUAUUUUGUUUAAAAUAUUGAAAUAAAUGUUAGUUUUUAAAGUCUUUACUGUUUG